ACGUGUGCUGUGUUAAAAGGAAAAGCAGGUGAAAAUUGGCUUGUUACCUCGUCUAAUAAAUAAAGCUUCUCUCUAAAAGGAACUGUAAAUGUUCGAUGCUCAUUGCUCAAAUCCCCCAACGAGUGAUUCUUUUGUUAAAUUGUCUGGAUUAAAUUAAAACUCCCGUAUCAGCAGAGAGAGAGGUAUGCCGUUCUUGCCAGCUAAGCACGAACCAUCCCCAGUGUGCAUUGUUUGGCAGGCCUUACAAACCCAACCUGGUCUCCCUGCUGCUGAUAUAUAGUAGAGCUUCCCGUGACUCUGAAAAUCCCAUUUGGGAGUCUGCCUCUGCGCUAGCAGUUGCCAGUGAAACAUGUCUCAGUAUUCAGGAAAAAUCACUUUCUAUGAAGGCAAAUGCUUCACAGGCCGGAAGCUGGAGGUUAGCGGGCCCUGCGACAACUUCCAGGAGCGGGGCUUCAUGAACAGAGUCAAUUCCAUCUGUGUGCAGAGCGGAGCCUGGAUCUGUUUCAGCCUCGCAGACUUCCGAGGCCAGCAGUACAUCCUGGAGCAUGGUGAAUACCCUGGCUUCCACCGCUGGAACGGGCACAAUGACCGAAUGGGAUCCUGCAAGCCAGUUGGGAUGCAUGGCGAGAAUUACCGGAUCGAAGUAUUCGAGGGCAGACACUUUAGUGGUCGCAGCCAGGAGUUCACCGAAGAUUGCUCUUGCCUGCAUAGGCAAGGCUGGGCCAAAAACUGGAUCAACGCCAUCAAAGUCUAUGGGGAUGGAGCAUGGGUGUUGUAUGAGGAACCUAACUAUCGUGGCCAGAUGUAUGUGGUCGAGAGAGGUGACUACAGCAGCUGCAAUGAGUGGCAAGCUGCCUGUGCAAACAUCCAGUCAAUCAGAAGGGUUGUCAACUAUUUUUAGCUAACUGCCUGGUGAAAACGGAGAGUCUGGACCCUUCCCUCCUGGUCUCUAGAAAUGUGAAAUAAUAAAGACUUGAAAUCC